AUGAAGCAUUUGAAGUAUAUUCUCUUAUCUAUCUUUAUUAAUUUAAUUUCAUCGACAUUUUCAUUUCGAUUCGGCACGUACAAUAUUCAAGCUGGAAGUAAUUUCGAACAUGUUUAUAAUCUAACUGAAACGGCGGAAACAAUUCAACAUUUCAAUUUUGAUUUUCUUGCGUUACAAGAAGUCGACAAUAAGACAACACGACAUCCCGUUGAUCAGACGACAUUCAUUGCUCAGUAUGAUCACGAACAACCGUUUCAGUCAUAUCAUUUUGAAAAAAUGCGAAACUUUCAAAAUGGUGGUUACGGAGUAUCGAUUCUCUCGAAGAAAUCAACCGUGAAUCGUGUAUUGACAUAUCAUUAUAAUAACACAACACCUGAGCAAUGUGAAGUGUCAAAAGAAGGGGAUUAUUGUCAAGGUCUCGUUCUAUUCGAAAUUCCAUUUGAAUUACAAGACAAAACUCAACUAUCGAUCUAUUUCGGUACGACUCAUUUGGGUAUUGGUUUAGGUGGUUUGCAGCAAUUAACUGAAGCGAAACAAAUAGUUCGAUGGAUGACUGAUAGCAUAAUUAAUGUUACUCAUAAUCCAUAUGUCAUUUUCAUGACAGGUGAUUUUAAUACAAUUCCGACAGAUGAUUCAAUUAAGGAUGUAAUGCUUUCAUUAUUCACUGAUCUUUGGACUGCGGACGAAAUUUGUCGAAAAAUAAUUGAUCCAUCGAAUUUAAAUGGAUAUACAUUUGAUGCAUUGAAUCCCUCGAAACGUAUUGAUUAUUUUUUCUUUUUCAAAAGUGAAAAUUUUCCUACUCAGAUUAAGUUCAACUGCGAAAUACAAGUUCCUUCAACGUUAUCCUCAGAUCAUCGACCAGUUCUACGCCUUCUCAGCAGUGAUUCAGAAAUGCCCGAAGUGAAUAACACAAGAGAAUUAGAAGAAUGUUUGACAAAACUUAUCGAAACGGUUGAUAAGAGUAUAAGAGAAAUGAAUAAAUACAAAGAGCAAUUACGAGACAAGAGUAUUGACGAAAGCUCAAGUAUAGGCGAAGAUAGCCGUACAUUUACAUUAAACGAUGAGGAAAACGAUUGUCUCGCCACUUUAACAUCCAAAAUUCAAACUAUUCUCGAGCAAAGUCCUCCAAAACUCUCAAGAGAGUCUUCGCAGUAUCUUAUUGAUUCUCUUCACGCGUACACAUAUGACAAUGAGAAGAAACUAUUCAGAUCAUCAUUGUCUAUUGAACUCUUGAAUCCCUUACAUCAAGAAUUACAAGGUCUCUUAGCUUCAAUAGAAGCAUAUCCAGCGGCACUGAAUGGUGAAAUCGAUAAAGUUAAAGCGUUUAUUGAUCAGCACCCACGAUAUAGAAAUAAACCGGGUCUCUGGCAAACAACUAUGCUGUAUUCAGCAGCGAAAACCAAUCAUUUCGAUAUUGUCAAGUAUUUGAUUGAAGAAGCACAUUGUUCAGUCAACGCUCAAAAUCAGCGUGACAUGGCAUUCGCAUUAGGUGCAGAUCUAAAAGAUUAUAGUCCUCAACCAGCUGCUGGUUCAACAGCACUGCAUGGCGCUUGUUUCAAUAAUCAUCUACGGAUUGUUAAGUAUCUUGUCCAACAUGGUGCUGAUUAUUUCAGUCAUAAUCAAGCCCAUGAAACGCCAAUCGAAAAUGGUUUACUUCAUCCUGAGAUUAAAAAAUUCUUUCAAGAGUAUCUUCUUCUUAACUAUUCGAUGAACGGUUCUGAUCAGUUACCUAUUUAUCCAAUUCUGGACGAAAGUCAACGACCACUUCGAGAUUGUAUGUGGGAAUACAAACCGUUUCAAGAUUCAAAAUGGUACAAAUUUUCAGCGCCAGAAGCAACGGAACUACACAAAAAUCUCCUACCAUCGGAAAAGUUUCAAAAACAAGUCUAUCUCAACGUAAAGAAAGGUUUGUAUACUGUAUCCUUUAUGGAAUUUUGUCGAUCAGGAAGACAUUCCCAAGAUCCGCAGAAGAAUAUGGCAUGGGUUCGAUGUCGUGGUUCAAGCGUUCUCAAUUUUGAUUGUGUUCCACUUUGGCAAAUCAUGGUCAUUGCAUUUGAUAAAGCUGACAGAAUUGAGGCCGACACGACGACUUCAUUGAAUGUGCAACAAUUUCCUCCCAUGGAUGACAAGUGUUUCAAACUUCAUUUGAAUACUUGGUAUAGCUGUGUGGAAGAUGUAAGUAGAUGUUUAGAUCAAGCAAUGAACUAUCGCCGAAGAGUUAUUCAAGCUAAUUUUCCUUAUAUUGCUGAUCAACUGGUAGUCAACCUUGAGACAUUUCAAUUUGCAAACAAAGACAAAACGAUUACUGGCUAUAUACGAUGGAUUCCCAAGCUCGUAUCAAAUGAUGAUAGCGAUGGAAAGAAAAUUGUCAUUGUUGAUAAUUAUCAGCCGAAGGCCACUGACGAUCCAGUGCCAUUAACAAUCGAACGUUUAGAAAAAGUGUCUAAGUCAAGAAAAAAGCGAAGUAAGACAACUGCUACAAAUGUCGACGAUGAAGGUGAUACUUCCGACAAUGAAAAUGAUGAGAGUAGUAUCGACAUGGCUGCUUCGCUUCAAUUUUCAAACGAUGACUAUACCGGCGAUGAUGAUGAUGAUACUGGAUUCGGAGUUAACUAUAGAAUAACUGAAGACGAUAACAAUGGAACAUGGAGUCUUAGUGAUCUUACCGACGCAACUGUUUCUACGAAUUCGACGCCCACAGCAUCAGAUUCCGCUACUACUACUAUUACGACAUCGCCGAUGGAUCGGAAAGACACUGCGGUGUCUGCUGAACAAUUUUUGAACAAAGCGAUAGAAGACAUGAAACCAGCAGUACUAGUAGAAAGAGAAAAUGCACUCUUACGAGAGGAAGAAGCAAACAAAAUUAGAGAACAGUUAGCAUUAGAACUUCAAGAUUUAAGAAAUCAAAUUGAGCAAGAAAAGUUGAGAGCAAAACAAUGCAAACAGACACAAAAGAAGCAAUCCAAAGAAAAAGAUGUUCAGCUGCAGCAAACUAAUGAGAAGCUUGCACGACUUCAACAACAGUUAGAUACUAAAGAAGCUCGCGAACAGAAACUUCAACAUCUAAGCAAAAAGAUCAAAGCGGUAGACUACGUCGAUAUAGAUGCACUUCUUGUUAAACUAUUCCUUGCUCCUAACCAAAAACUUAUCAUUAUACAUCUUCAAUCUAAAUUUAAACUCGAUAAAUAUUUUGUCGGGAUUCCUGCUAUGACAAUGACGGAAAAUGCAACGUCUUAUUGUGUGUCAUUAACAGGUGUACAAGCACAUCACGAUGAGUUUCGACUAAUCAUACGUCGUUUAAAAAUCUUAUUUACUGUUGUUCAAUCAACUAAGACUUAUUAUCGACAACAGCUCGAUCGAACGUUUUCAUCAAUCCAUCAAAUUAUGACUCAAUCAGUUCAGACCUCCACUAAUUGGCGAUACUAUACAAAAUAUUUUCAGGAAUCAGUACAACAUAAAAUCGAAGAAUUUGCUCACGCAUUCGAUGAAUAUAUCUCUCACGAAUCAAAGAAUAUGAUUGAACAAUCGAUUACUGAUGCUGCAUUUCAACCAUCAUUGCAGUUACUAAAACUGUCAGCGAGAUAUACUCAAAGGAAACAAUUGCUACCUGAACUUGAAAUUCUCAAGGUGCAAGCACUGAAUGAAUUUGUCAAGCAGCAAGUACUAUCCGAAAGAACGAAAUUCGAGAAAAAGCCAUCAGGAAUGUCGAUUCAGACUUUGAAUCAAUUCAUUGAUCAAGCAAAAAAGGAAUUUCAAACUGAUACGAAAUAUCAUGGAUUUGAACUGGCUCAGUUAAAACAUAUUCCAAAACUAUUGCACCGAAUCAUGUUAUAUUAUCGAUGUUUUCUUCUCCAAUUACCUCUUUACGACGCAUCGAAAGAAUUGUUAGCUAAAAUACAAAGAAGCACAGUUGUAACAAUAGCCACAUCCACAGGAUCAGGGAAAUCAAGUUUGUUACCUGCUCUUCUCAUCGCUGAAGGUUACGAUAAAGUCCUCGUCACUCAGCCACGUCGACUGCCAUGCAGAGCAAUUUGUGACCGAGUCAAUCAAACAAUGAUGGGAAACAACGGAACGUUCAAAAUAGCCGGAUGGGCUGUUAGUGGUGAGGAAUAUUCCACUAAUUCUCCAAUUCUAUACCUGACAGAUGGACUACUAAAAGAACGAUUACUGCACGAUAAACAGUUGAUCACCGAAAAGACAAAAGUGAACAAAUCUAUUGUUUUCUUCAUCGACGAAGUUCACGAAAGAUCGGUUAAUAUCGAUUUGUGUUUAGCAUUGAUUGCUCGCCUUUUAACUGAAAAGCCACAACUGAAAUCAAAGAUAAAAAUCAUUAUUUCGUCAGCUACGCUCGACACAUCCGUUCCAACUUUGUUUACUAAUAUUCCUCAACUAAAAGUUGAUCAAUUUCAAAUGACCAACCUCGGCACAUUAUAUCAUGUCACAAAAAUUUCCAGACCAAAUCAAAAUAUUCUCGACCUUGUCCAGGAAUUAUGCAAAAGACGACAACGGCAUGAUCAAAUCUUAUGCUUUGUUAGUAGUGUCAGUGAAGUUCAUCAAUGCUGCAAACUUCUUCAUGAAAUAAGUCGACAAACGCUUGUUGCUUACCCGCUUAUUCAGGCACAAUCUGCCAACGAACAACAAGACUUUAUCGAACAUGGAAGUAUCUUCUUUUCGACAACGGUUGCCGAGACAUCUCUGACAUUUCCAUCGUUAACAUACGUCAUCGACACGGGCAUGGUCAAUGUUCCUGUUUAUGAUUUCAGUACGAAACAAACAAUGCUUCAAGAAGUUCGAGCGGCUGAGUCAACAAUUAAACAACGCCUUGGACGCUUGGGUAGAACAAAGCCCGGUGAAUAUUACGCUUUGUAUGACUUCAAAGUCGAAGAAAAACGAUUUCCAAAACCGCAAAUUUGUCAAUCAGAAUUAUCGAACGUUGAAUUCUCGUUGAGACGAUCACUGAUCAAACAAGGACUGAAUUAUAUGAAAAAAUUCUUACCAGAUUCGCCGUCUCCUCAAGCCAUCAAUGCUGCAAUGAACGAGCUCAAACGAUUGAAUAUUUUAAAUGCACAAGAAAAUCUGACACCAAUUGGAGUUGGAAUUUCUCGCCUACCUGAUUUCGGCUCACUGGCAAUGUCGAAAGCCGUGCUAUCUGCUUUAGACAAAUAUAAUUGUGGUUAUGACCUUAUUGUGCUUUCUUCCAUUCUUGGUGUUCUCAACACAUCGUCUAUUUUAAGAGAUCUUCCUGAUCGAAUGAAACGACCGGAAGGUGAUUUCAUGAGUAUAUUGGUAGCAAUGUAUGAGGUUCUCUUAGUCAGAGAAAGCGUUCCAUCCAGUCAAUUCAAAUUACAUAAAGUCUGUCAGGCUAAACAACUUGACAAAAUAACACAUGUGAUAAGACACGCAUUAAAGAGAUAUGAGAAUCUUGAGAGAGCUUUCAAAAGAUCUACUGAAUAUCGAACAAAAGCAUUUAUUUCUAGUGGUGACUGGUCGUUGAUUGCUCGCGCGUUAAUAGAUGGAUAUGGUGACAAUGUAUUCGUAUCAAUGAAAGAACUACAAGGCAAAACUCACCUUUUCACUCGAUAUACAUCUGCCGGAAAAGAAGAUUUCGCUGUACUUGAUCUUCAAUCGACAUUGACUCGUAGUAUUUCGGCUGCGCCUGUUGCGUUGAUUCUAGCACGCGAUGUUCGUUUCUCAUCAUCGAUCCGUUCAACCGCUGUUCUUUCCUUCGUUGGUGAAAUCUAUUCACAAUGGAUCGAUGAUCAGAGAAUCAGCAGAAAAAUAACUCUCAAUAUUGCUGAAGAAUCUAGCUUAGUUUCAAACAGUAUUCUUGCUUUAGUACAGCAAAGAUAUCCUCAAGUUGUAGCACAGCUCAACAACCAUGUGCUUCUCCUUGUAGGAAAAGCUGGCCAAGUACUUCAAGCUGAAUUAUUUGUUCUGCGACAAUCGAUCGUUGAAAUGAAAUUUCAAUUAACGAAUCCAUACCUACCCAGCGCAUCUGCUGAUCACAAGAGAAUGGCAAGAAACUUGGAAAGUGUCUCGAAUAUGACUUGGAUAUUUCGACCCAUGAUUUGGCGAUGGGAAGCCCAACGGCAAGUGAAAAUUCAUGUCGCUAAAAGUUUUCUCAAGGACGAAAGCGAAGUAACGAUAACUGGAAGAGAUUCCCAGAAUCAACUGAUUUACAAUGAGUUUCAAUCAUUUCUUGGAUGGCUUAAAGUCUGUGCUGUUAUUCGACAUCCAAAUGCUGGUAAGCGAAGAUCAGCACAAGUAGUACAUGAUAUAGAUUCGUCUAUUGUUUGUUUAGGUGUGUCACCACGUAUUCUGAAACCACAAAUGCGAAAGAAUUGUUUAGAUAUCGAAGAAAAGAUUUCACAUGUCACUGACAGUAAACGUACAUCUAUUGAUUUGUGGAAAAGCUUGAAAGGUUCGAAAGCAACGCGUGAAACACGAAUGGAAGUCGUCGCUUGGAUAGCUGUCACCCAAUUCGAAUGUCGAUUAGAAGGUGGAUUCAUUCGCGAUUGGAUUGUUGGAAAUUAUACUGGUCGGCCUAGCACAGAUCCGUCAACAUGGGUCACUUUUAAUACAAACAAGGCUGGAGUUAAAGUGCCUUAUCUGGAUAAAAGUUUGAUACCUUCAGAUCUCGACUGUCAUCUUCCAUCAGAUAAAUACUUUGAUAUUGAUAAAUUUCUUGAUCAUUUACAUCGAUACCAAAUUGAAUGCGAAGUCGUACGAGAAGAUUGGCGUUAUGUGUUGUUAUUUGAUAAAACUACGAAAACAGGCGCAUUCACAAUGGAUUUAAUCGAACCUCAUGUUGCUCUUACGCAUGAUCGGAUCGAUUUCGAUGUUAGUAAUCUUUCAUUGGAAAAAAAUUAUACAAAAGAACUUGGAAUGAGAGUUGAUAUUCAGCAAAAGCCGUACUCGAUUAAUAUAGAAGCUAUCGUUGACAAUAUCAAAAACAAACGAUUCCAAGUUCUUCGUCCUAUUGAAGGGCAAAUUCAAAUGCGAAUACAAAAAAUGCAAAGCCGAGGAUGGACACAGCUUGGACAAGCAAUGCUUAUUGUACCUGAUCCGCCGCCGAAAUAUCACGCAAUACUUGUUCCGCUACCCGAAAAUACGUGUUUAUACCAGCAUAUAGUUCAGCAGAUGAAAGUUCAUAUUGGAAAUCAAGCAAAUAUUAAGUCGAUUGAACAAAUUCGAAAUCCAUCCAUAGAAGAUAUGUAUUUAUCGAUGAAAAAAAUCAUUGCAAAGCAAUGUCCAGGAAGAAAUCCAAAUGAAAAAGAAUUAUUCCAUGGAACUAAAGGUAUAGCUAUUGAUGGUAUAUUGAAUGACGGAUACGAUGACCGAUAUUGGGGAACAAACUUCGGCAGCGGUAAAUUCGGUCACGGUGCUUACUUUGCUGAUAAUCCAAGUGUUUCACAUAUAUAUACUGAGUCGAAUCCAAGUGAUCAAACACGUAUCAUGUACUUUAAUAAGGUGAUACUAGGAAAAGAAUUUCCUUUAGCAACAACAAAUUCAAAUCUCGUAUCUGCUCCUAAAGAUCAUCAUUCAGUACAUGCAACAUUUUCCGGACUACCAUAUUCUGAUGAAUAUAUCGUUUAUCGAUAUGGACAAGCAAUGCCAUAUCUUAAAAUCAUAUACAUCGCAUGA